CAGCGGGGCCGGCGCCCCGGCGGCAGCGCAGCACAGGCCGGGCCGGGGCGGAGCCUGGCGGCCGCCUCCGCCGCUCCCUGCCGCGGCUGACGUGGCCCGGGCGCGGGGCGGAUAUGGCGGACGGCAGCAGGCAGAGCAGGCUGGCGGCGGCCAAGAAGAAGCUGAAGGAAUAUCAGCAGAAGAAUAACCCUGGAGCAACUGCAGGAACAAAGAAAAAACGCAAAACUAAAGAAGGCAGUAGACCUGAGACUCCCACCAACGAUCAGCAGCCUCCAGAGAAUAUUCAGAACAUUCUGAAGGUGCUGGUGUCAGACCUUAACCGCUCCAAUGGGGUAGCCAUACCCUCAUUGGACAAGAGGAAGGCGUACUUUGACACUGAUGUUGCCGCUCGUAAUGCCGAACCGCUUGCUACCGAUGUCCCUGUGCUGUCUAACAGCAACAGCCUACCUAGUUGUGGUUCUGUUCUGCCUGCUCCUGAAAGCAUGCAGCUGACACAGAUUCAUGUAGCUGAGGAUCAUAAAAAUGCUUCGGAUGAGGACAAGUCUCUCUCGUCCACAGAAAGUCUCCGCCAGUUGUCUGAACAACUCAAUGGUCUGGUUUCUCAGUCUACAUCAUAUGUGAAUGGGGAGACUGCUGUUUCUUCCACCAAUAUUAAGGAAAUGGAAACACGUUACCAGGAGCUGGCAGUAGCCCUGGAUUCCAGCAAUCUAACUAACAAACAGCUCGUUACAAAGAUAGAGGAAUUGAAGCAGCAGAACCAAGAAGCCAUGAAUCAGCUGGAGAAGGAAAAGAAGGAGUUUGAACAGAAAUUCUCUAAAGAGCAAGCAGCACUGAGGGAGCAGCUGCAGGUUCACAUUCAGACUAUUGGAAUUCUGGUUUCUGAGAAGUCUGAGUUGCAGACAGCCCUUGGACAUACUCAGCAGGCUGUACGGCAGAAGUCAGGAGAAGCUGAAAACCUUGCUGCUCGUUUACAUUCCUCUCGCCAGAGGGUAUCGGAGCUCGAGCGCACUUUGUCCUCCAUCUCUAUGCAGCAAAAACAGUCAGAGAAGCAUAAUAAAGAGCUAACGAAAGAGCGAGACAACCUGAAACUGGAACUGUACAAGCGAAGCAAAAGCAGUGAGGAAAUCAAGCAGCAGAAUUCAGAGCUGUCGGAAAAAGUUCACUCCCUGGUUUCCCAGAACUCAGCCAUGAAGUUGGAUAUGGAAGAUUUGCAUAAGAAACUGGAAAUGGCUGACCUGAUGAUUCAGCAGUUCUCAGAUCAGACAGGGAGUCUGGAUGCAAACCAGCAGUUACAGAUGGCAUUGGAGGAGAAGGCAAGUCUGGAAACCCAGGUUGCUCAGCUCUCUGAGUCCCUUCACAAGCUCCAGGCAGAAAGAGAUCAGUAUGUAGAGAAACUGAAGGAGGAGGGGAGCAUUUGGCAGCAGCGGGUACAGCAACUCUCUGAGCAGGUCCACACAAUGUCAGAGGAGAAGGAGAAGCACGUGGCCCAAAUUCGGGAGCUGGAAGCCAAUGUUACAGAGCUGCUGAGCAAAUCAGCAGUUAAGCCCAUGGAUAUUGAGCCUUCCCCAGCAGCAGGGCCCACAGCACCUGUGCUGGGUCUGCAGGAGGAGAUCCAGCGACUGCAGCAAGAGAAGGAGGAAUUGCAUGAGCAGUACCAGGCCCAGGUCCGGGACAACGAGCAGCUGAGCCAUCUCAACCAGGAGCAGGAGGAGCGGCUGCUGGAGCUGGAGAAGGCUGUGCAGCACUACAGGGAGGAGUCUGUGGACAGACAGCAAAUUCUGGAGGACAUGCAAAGUGACAAGGCCACCAUCAGUAGGGCUCUGAGCCAAAACCGGGAGCUGAAGGAGCAGCUGGCUGAGCUGCAGAAUGGGUUUGUCAGACUGACAAAUGAAAACAUGGAGGUUACAAGUGCCCUGCAGUCAGAGCAACAUGUAAAGAAGGAGCUGGCCAAGAAGCUUGGGCAGCUGCAGGAGAAGCUGGGGGAGCUCAAGGAGGCGCUGGAACUGAAAGCACAGGAGGCUCGGGGUCUGCAGGAGCAGCGGGACCAGUACUACAGCCACCUCCAGCAGUACACCAUGGCCUACCAGCAGCUGUCUGCUGAGAAGGAGGAGCUGCACAAACAGUACCUGCUCCAGACACAGCUCAUGGAUCGGCUACAGCAUGAGGAGGUUCAGGGGAAGGUGACAGUGGAAAUGCACCUGAAAGAGCUGCAGCAGACCAAGGAAAGUCUGGAAGCUGUAGCUAAGGAAAACAAAGAGCUGCAGGCCCAGAUCAGUCAGUUAGCAGCAGACCUGGAUGGCAGGAUUGUGCGUCGACUAGAGGGAGAUGGAGUCGAGAGUGAAGCAAUGACCGAAGAAAUCCAAAAAUCUUCCUAUGUGAUACCAGAGAGGUUUGAAAGCCAUGAAGAAGUGGUCACUUUCUUGACAUCUGCUGUGUCCCAAGUGGAGAAGGAGCGAGAAGACCUGAGGCAGCAGCUGGCUAGUCAGAAACAGCAGUGCAGAAGCCUGCUGCAGCAAAUAGCAGCUCUUAGGCAGGAGCAGCAACAUAACCUCAUGCUGGGUGGAGGUCCUACUGUGGAUACUGUUCCAGUGGAGGUUCACGAAGCUUUAAAAACUGCCAUGGAGAAAUUACAGUCACGCUUCAUGGAGCUGAUGCGAGAGAAGGUGGAUCUGAGGGAGCGUCUGGAGGAGCUGGAGCACCGCUGCAUCCAGCUGUCCGGGGAGACAGACACCAUUGGGGAGUACAUUGCCCUGUACCAGAGCCAGAGGGCCAUCCUCAAGCAGCGGCACCAGGAGAAAGAGGAGUACAUCAGCAGACUGGCUCAGGAUAAGGAAGAGAUGAAGAUGAAGCUGCUGGAGCUGCAGGAACUGGUGAUGCGCCUGGUCAGGGAGAGGAACGAGUGGUACAGCAAGUACCUGGCAGCUGCUGGAGGCCCAGAGCCACCAGCGAGCCUGAGCGAGGGUGCACUGCCUGCGGAGCGGCACAGGGAGCUGAGUGCCACCCACAGCCAAGGGCUACGGGAAGUGAGUUUGUCAGAUGAAGCAGAGCAAGAGGCUGCUGUUCUUCACCAGCCCAGUGUCUCCCCUGUUGACAGUAAAGCUGCUCAGCCAGGCCAGGAGGACCCCACAGCAAAGCAAAUAAUGCAGCUUCUCAGAGAAAUCCAGAACCCUCAGGAGAGGCUGGGCUCCCUGCUGGAAAACCCCUGCAUUCCCUUCUUCUACCGUGCCGAUGAGAACGAUGAGGUUAAAAUCAUGGUAGUUUAAGUGGCAUUAAAUCUCAUUUACAGCCAUUUUCUGUGAGCCUGAGAGGACUGAACUAACUUGUACGUGCCCAUACCUCUGCUCAGAGCCCCUGGCAAAACAGGUUCUUAAAGUCAUCAGGACAGAGGGAUUGCAUCAGCCAGAACUCGCACGUCAGACCUCAUCAUCUUCCCUGUCUCUUUCUUCUGUUACUUGGUGUGCUUGGAGUACAGGCAGACUCAGACUAAUCCCUGGGAGGCAGUGGGUGCUGGCACUUCACCUGGUCUGGGGGCAGGCCAGAGGAAGGGGAUUCCAUGACUUUGGGCACAACAACUUAAUUCCUUAUCCCAGACUCUGGUGCCAGCAGCUAGCUUCACUGCAGUGCCUGAGCAAUUGUUCUGAUCCAUCAAACAGCCUAGUUCCUUCUAGGGAUCCCAAAGUAACUUACUCUGGUAAGAAACUUUUUGGACUCUGGACAGGUUGGGUGUGGUUCAUGCUAUGUAAAACUUCCCAUGUUCCUCUGCAGCCUGCCUCUUGCACCUGUAUCUGAAACCAGCCUUGGACACCCCAGAGAGGGGCUGCUGGCGGCUGGGCGGCACUACAGCCCCUUUAGUGUCAUUGCAGGGGGAAGGGACCCAGGGUGGCCUUUUGAGUCUUUUUUGGUUACUUGACAAAGCUUUAUGUGAUUCUUGGGAGUGGGAUGGAAAUGUAACUGCACUUUGAAGGAUGAUGUGUUUCACCUGUAUGUGUCUGAAGGUUUUAUUUAUUUAAAAAAUGGGAAUAAUAAGUAAAAGGAAACCACUUAAUAAACAUGUUUUGUUUGGAAUUUCUGGACUUCAGGGGUUCUAGCGCUCCAUCACUUACUGCUCCUCUUCUCCCAUUUUGGUGAGGAGUGCAUUAGAUGGGUGGCCAAGGUCCUGUGCCCCUGUUUACAUUCCUGGGACACAGCAGCAGUAGAGGCAUUGCCUAAUUCUAAGAAGAAAACAAACUAUGGUGGUAGGAGUAGGUCCCCUGAAGCACCAACAAAGCAAAUCCCAUGGGUGAGCAGGUGCUGAAGUGAUUGCAUAUGGAGAAUCUGCCAGAAAAACCUGCUUCUCAGGCAAGAAUUGCUUGUUCCUAGGCCUGCUGGUUUCAGCAAUGGAGGCCUAAGGGCCCUGGCACAGCUGUGUGCCCCAAAGACAGGAACCUGUGCCUGGAGAAGCACAGCCCCUGCUGUGCCACCCUGUCCAGAUAACAGAGCUGCAGGCACAGGAAGACACCAAUUUCUGUGUUUGUCAGCAAGAAACAGCGAGACUCCGUUUCUUCCGUGUCCAGGUUGGUCAGGCUUACAGCAGCACAGUAGAGAGCUUUCUUUUCAGCCAGAAGCAGAUUGUGAGUUGUUCUGUUUGGGGUUUUCCAAUGGUUCAUCUGGAGGUUUCCCCAUACAGCAGAAAAAGCCUGUGCAGAACAAUUCCUGUGAGCCCACCUGGGGCAAUGGAAGCUGGUUUAUAAACUCUGGUGCUAAACAGUGUUGGCUGUUGCUGAUGGAACACAGGUGAGAGGCUCUGGGCUGCUGCAGGCAGUGUGCCUCUGUAAGAUGCUGUACUGCCCUCAAGAGAGGCUGAGCGUCUCUCAGGCUGUUCAUAAAUC